AUGAUCACCGAGAUCCCUCUGAACGUCGCACUCCUGGAGUACGAAAUACCUAAGAAACUGGUAUACCGAACAUGGGGAGUGGCCGAUGAGCCUAUAGGUGAUCCAUUAGCGCGUCGUGCCGAGGAACUACUGAGACGAGACGCACCUUAUCCUGGGGAUGAUUUGACGAAUGAAGAGACCUUCUCAGAUGAGAGGUUCCUGAUCUAUCGGAUAUCAGACACCCGUCACGUCAUAAUGGACCAUGCUUCUUACCUAGAGGAUGAGGUGGAGAUCCCUUCAUACCUGCUACGAAACCCGGCGUUUUUCGUGAGUGACUGGUAUUCCAAUCGUCUGGCAGCGGGAUAUGACAUACCUAAGUCCCUGAGACGCUGCAUGCAGCGUCAUAGGCCAAUGGGGGAUGCCUUGGCUGAUCGGGUCACCAAAAUGUUGAACAGGGAGACUCGACUCCCUGGAGAACCCCGGGCUGCGGAAGAUCGGUUCACUUGUGACCGGUUGAUCUACGAUGAUGGAAUUGUCUACGAGAUCGUGGACCACAAGUUGGACUACAUACUGAAAGCGGAUGAUCUGUUUCUGUGCAACGAAAGAUUAAACGUAGCUCACUGGUAUGCCAAGCACUUACUGAAGGGCUACAAGCGGCUGAACACGCUGAUGCUAAGCAAGGAAUUGGAGUGGGAGAAUCACCACUUCCGGUCAUUGGAUUCCGGUGAUCUCAGCCCAAUGGAGUGUGCACUGGAAGACGUAGUGCAUCAGCUCUAUGCAAUCCCAGACAUGCAGUUUGAAGGAACGGCUCACCGAUUUCAGCUAAUUGAACUGAACGGCCAGCAGGUGGUGCCAGGAAGAUACCCGGCCAUACAACGUAACUCGGCGAUAGCCCGAGAUUUUAAACGGCUCAUCCCCAAGCCUGUCGUGGUGGUGGCGCAUGUGAAUGGCUGUCCAGUCAGAGCCCUCAUCGACAUGGGAUCGCUGGCAGACUUCAUGUCGUCUACACUAGCAGAUCAGCUAAAGGUAAAGCAGAUACCGCUAGAGAAGCCACUCACCAUCUAA